AUGCGCGUUAGGUGUUAUUGUGUUACAGUAUUAUUUAAGUUCAUCUACCAAUUAUAGAUUAUAGAUUUGAAGCGCUAAUAAUUGAAUUUUAAAAUAUGAAUAUGUCAUUUAAGAAAAAAUUACCGAGUUCCACCCAGUAAACUUUUGUCAAAAUUCCACACAGAAGAGAAGUAUUGGUCAGCAAAUACUAAAGCCCUCCUCCAGUACUGAUCUUGUUUUAUAAUUAAUUCAUUCUUUAAUACUAUUGUGAAACAAGAGAACAAUAGUUUAUUGAAUUAAACACAUUUGUUCAUAGAUCCCAAGAGGAGGUAUAUAUGAAACGUCACGAUACCAAUAAUAACAGGGAGAUGAAAGACUUGCAGAUUGGAACUGCAGAAAAAGAUGAAGCUAAGAAGCAUCAAUUGGCUCCUAAAAGAAAAUCCAACAAAGAUAGGCACACUAAAGUUGAAGGCAGAGGAAGGAGGAUUCGCAUGCCUGCACUCUGUGCUGCUAGGAUUUUCCAACUCACGCGCGAAUUGGGUCAUAAAUCUGAUGGAGAGACCAUCCAGUGGCUAUUACAGAAAGCGGAGCCCUCCAUAAUUGCUGCAACUGGCCAUGGAACAAUUCCGGCAUCGGCUGGACCCUCUGUUUCGCAACAGGGAAUAGAUGGAAGUAUUAGUAGUUGGCCUAUGGUUGUUGGGAGACCCCAGUUGGGGAUAUGGCCCCCAUCUCCUCCUGACAUCAGUAAUUUGGGAACUGAAAGUCUGCAAAAGAUUUGUUUCCCUGGGUUUGACCUCCCAUCUACCAAUUUGAGUUUUACAUCUAUGUUGGGUGCCACUAACCUAUCUGGAUUGGAGCUCGGAUUAUCACAAGAUGCUCCUAUUGGGGUUAUGAAUUCUCAGUCUUUGAAUCAGAUUUACCAGCAGACGGGGCAGCACCAAAAACCUUCUCCGGAGGAUGAUAAUUCUCAAGGAUCAGGCCACUAGAGCUUUCAUAUAAUUCUGAUUUUGGUGUUGGGUUUUCUUUUUAUCAUUCAUUUUGACCUUUGGAUCCUACCGGAGUGCUGUUUGUUGAAAUAUACAUACAUAUACAACUCUUGUGUAACAUCUGUCAGUGCAAGACACUGAAUUCUGAACGACCCUAAAUUUUGUUAGGCUAAUUCAACAUGAGCCACCUGGUUGUCUGGAUGAAUUCAGACCCUCAAUAUAGGCUUUCUACAUAGAUUCUUGUAUAUACCGGGAACUCAUUUCAUCACUUGCAGGAAAAAAUCUUCAAUUGAAUAGGUCUCUUCAGACUCUUUACUGUUGCUAGCUAAACUAGCUUUCUACAGAAGAUCCAUCCUCUAUUCAGUUCAAUGUUCUUGAACUUCUACCUUCAGUGAAAAAGAUCGGUGCUUUUCAGAGAUUAAUUCUUAUUCAACAGUUUGUCCAUCAAAGUCAGCCUUUCAUUUAUAACCCUUUGCUUCAUAACCCAACCAUGUUUUUUGAGAAAUGCAUUAUUUUUUUGACAAGAUGUUGACAUUUUCGGUGUUUAAUAAUGUUUCUCUCUAUAUUACAUCGUGUAUUAUUCAUGGAGCUAGUACGCUUGACAUGGGGUGCCAGAUUAAUUAUGAAGUCAGUCAGACGUGCUGGUCCUAGUAGCUUCCUGAAUAAAGAUGUAAGUGUUACUUAAUAGUGUGGCAAAACUUUACUUAGCCUUGUUCCUGUUGAAAGAUUCAUUAGUGUUGAA